CGAAAAGUAUUAGCUGGAAUGGAGCGAUAUUGCGAGAAUACGUCUCUUCAUGGUCUCCGUUAUGUAGGAGACAGAUCUUUAUCAAUUUUUGAAAGAAUGUUUUGGUUGAUAUCAUUUUCCGUAGCCAUAGGAUUUGCAGCGUAUUAUAUUACAAAUAUAUUUCAAAAGUGGAAUUCAUCCCCGGUCAUUAUCAGUUUUAGUCCAUUCGAUGCUGACUUAAAAAGUAUCCCAUUUCCAGCUGUUACCAUUUGCAAUAUGAACCAGGCAAAGAAAACUGAGGUUAAUAAAAUUAUAGCUGAAGGAAAUCCAAGGGAUUUAAAACUUUUGGAUGAUCUUUGUGUUGGCAAUAAAUCUAAUCAACAACCCGACAAUUACACUGAACAAUAUGAUUGGAAGAAUCUAAGAAAUUUUCUCAUCAGGGUAGGUAGCUCAUGCAAUGAAAUGAUGAAAGCUUGUAAAUGGACUAACGACAAGAAAAAUUGCGAUGAAUUAUUCAAUAAUGAUUUAACAGACGAAGGUUUAUGUUGUUCUUUUAAUCGACUUCCGUAUAAUAAAAUAUUUAGAAAUCCAAAUGAAAUUUCACUUCUUAAUCAAACUUAUCCUGAAAACGUUUACGAUUGGAACCCAGAAAUAGGAUUUUCUAAUGUUGGUGACUACGAUAAUGAAAAUAUGGUACCUAGGAGACCAUUAGGAGCUGGUGCUCAUUUGGGUUUAUCUGUUUUACUAGAUGCUCAAAUAGAUGAGUACUAUUGUUCUUCUACCAGUAGCGUAGGUUUCAAGAUAAUUGUGAGUAAUCCUAUCGAAACACCUAAAAUGGCAGACUAUGGAACACUUUUGAGUCCUGGCGUUGAAGCAAGAUUUUCUAUAAAACCAUCUAUCAGGGAAGCUUCUAAAAAUCUUAGAAGUAUACCGCUCCAAAAAAGGCAGUGCUAUUUUGCGAGCGAAAGAAAACUUGUCUACUACAGGAAAUACACACAGGUGAAUUGUCUCCAAGAAUGUUUAAGUACAUUUAUUUAUAAUAGAUGUAAUUGUUCUCCUUAUUAUUUGCCUAGAAACAAAUCAAUAAAAGCCUGUGGUCGUAAGGAUCAACUGUGCUCAUCUGAUGCAAAAGAAAACAUGGAAAAAGUGACUGGAGUUGGAGCUAGUUGUUCCUGUUUACCAGGCUGUUUUGGAUUACAGUUCACAGAAUCUAUAUCGGUCGGGAAACUCUCAAGGGUAAUAAAUACUACUGCAUUUGGCGAAGAUUGGAAAGUUAACGUUACACAUUUUGAGAAAAACAUGGCUGUCAUACAUUUCUACUUUGCCUCGUCUUAUUUUCCUAUAAUCGAAAAAACGGAAUUAUAUGGAUUUACAGAAAUUUUAUCUAAUGUCGGUGGGUUGUUGGGACUUUGUAUGGGUUUCAGUUUCUUAAGUGUAGUCGAAAUACUUUAUUUCAUCACAUUGAGAUGGUUUCUUAAAUGGAUGAAAGAUAGAAGGAAAAAAGAGAGGAAGAACAAUCACCGACACGUGUUUAUUAGAAAUCAAUAUUCAAACUAUCCGUUUUUGAAGUAA